AUGAGAACUGCGCUCGAGCACCACCCGGUUCUUAAGAAACGUCUCCAUAUCGCUAUUGGAACCUUGGUCUCAAUAACGUUCAUCCCAGUUAUCGCCCGGUUGGCUGAUAAAGGGACAUCGACCGGUAGAAUGAAUACAUGGGGCAUUGCAGCGUGUCUUAAAUCUGGAGUCUUCCUAGCUUAUCAGGUGCUUACUACGCAUGUUGAUCGGUUCAAGAAACGGGCCAAUACAAAAACAUCUGUCACCCUCAAUAUUAUUAAUACUAUGUUCUGGUUUGCCCUGAUCAUAAUAACAAUUCUUGGGACUAUCGGAGAGACGUCUACAAGCAGCCAUUCCUUGAGGGGAUUACAAUAG